CUCUCCUCCACAAAUUUAUAUAAUUAUUUUUCAACAUUUUUUAUUUAAUAUUAUUUUCAUUAUUAUUAUUAUUUAGAAGAAAAACAGCAAAAGAUUAGGAGAAGGAUAAGCUUAAGCUCACAAUAUAAUUAACUAAAAAUUAAAAAAAAUCAAUUUUUUUUUUGAAAUAUUUAUAUUUUGCCUACUUAUUUGAUUUUUAAAAUUUUUUUUUGCCUACAAAUGCCUCUCCGUUCAUCUUCUCCGGUGACUUCCAUUUCCUUCUCCUUCCUCCACCACCCACCCACCCACCCAAUCUGAUUUUUGGUUGGGUGGGGUUCUUGAAAUAUUUUCCGGCGAGAGGCUGCUUCAUUUUCCGGCGAGGUGUGUAAGGUCUAUAUUUUCCGGCGAGAAGCUGCUUCAUUUUCCGGCGAGGGAUUGUUUGCUUAAUUUUUCCGGUAAGGAGCUGGUUAAUUUUCCAGAGAAGAGCUGUUUGCUUAAUUUUCCGGCAAGGGGCUGCUUAUUUAUCUGGAGAAGUGUUGCUUGCUUAAAAUUCCGGCGAGGUUCUCCUUUGCUUAAUUUUCCGGCGAGGUGUUUCCUUUGCUUAAUUUCCCGGCGAGGUGCUCCUUUGCUUAAUUUCCCGGCGAGGUGCCCCUUUGAUUAAUUUUCCGGCAAGGAGCUGUUUGAUAAAUUAUCCGUAAAGGGGCUGCUGAAUUACCCGGCAAGAAGCUGUUUGCUUAAUUAUUCCGUCAAGGCUGCUUAAUUAUCCGGCGAGGAGCUGUUUCCUUAAUUUUCCGACAAGGGGUUGCUUAAUUAAUUUUCCGGCGAGAGGCUGCUUGUUUGAUUUUCCGUCAAAGGGGCUGUUUAUUUAUUCAAUUUUCCGGCUAGAGAGGCGGAGAGAAACCAUAACUUCCGAUCGAAUUAAUGACAAAGCAAAUAGUGCUGCGUGCACCUUCAUCCCUUUCAAUCGAUCGUCGCCGUCAACCUCUGUUAUCAAACCAAGACACAUCAUCACGAGGUGGUGUUCGAAAAGCACGAUUAGCAGAGGUCGCCGGCGGAACAACAGCGGAAUGCGCCGCCGUUUGCUGUUGUUGUCCAUGUGGACUCGUUAACCUCCUCGUAAUGGCGAUUUACAAACUUCCGGCGGGUCUUUGCCGGAAAGCAUUACGAAGAAAACGCCGUCGCCGGUUAAUGAAAAAGAAGAUUCUACAAUCACAAUGUAGUAGCUGUGAUGAUUCAGAUCUUUCGAUUCAUCACAUCGACGGAGCCACCACACUUGCGGUGGUUGACGGCGGCAAUAGCUUAAAAUCCGAUAAAGAUGUGGUGGCGUUGGAGAAGGAAAUGUGGAGUAAAUUUUAUGGGGCUGGAUUUUGGAGAAGUCCCUCUCAAAAGAGUGACAUGUAAUAAUAAUUAAAAAUAUGGUAAAUAAUUUGUAAAAAAAAAUAUAUAUAAUAUUAUUAAAAAUAUUUUCACAUUUAAGCCAUAAAUGAAAAUAUUCUUCUUUCUUUA